GUUCGUUCGGUUAUUUGUAGCGAUGAUGUGCUAAAGGGCCUAGUUUACACAUCUUUGGGCAUCAAGGACAUUUCUGAGAUGAUUCGUCAUUUGAAAUUUAUCUUUGUAUGGAUUUCACUCAUGCCUCAACUCACAGAUAGCGGAAAUGUGACAUGGAAUGAACCUACCCCGGUUAAGACAACAUCGAAUCCAGCUGAAGUGCUCCCCCCUGGCAUUGUACAUGUUUAUGAAGGGUCUUCUGCUACACUGAACUGGAGCUACAGCCUGUCUUUAGGUCUAGGUCUCGGUGGCUUCUUGAGAUUUAGCAAUGUUGGCAUAGUCGACAUUUAUUCAGAUGGUUCAGCUGGUCCUGUCAUUGACAGUUUUCAGAAAAGAUUCAUCGUAACCUCAAUUCUAGGAAGAAUAUCUCUGUCUAUCUCUGCAGUGACUCUAGCUGACGAUAAGGCUAAUGGAGAAUUUAGCUGCAGUUUAAUUGAUAACAAUAGGGAUACUUGGAAACGAGCAAUUCAAGUACAAGUCCUAGUUCCAACAAACAUCUCUGGAUUUAAUGGUAGUACAACAGUUCUUGAAGGCAACAACUUGCAGUUAACCUGCGUAGCAGUGGGUAGACCAGAACCAAACAUCACCUGGACCAAAGAGGAGACAGGGAACCAAGGAAAUACUGAUGUGUUAUCAAAAGGAAAGGUGCUGACCAUAACAAAGAUCAGCAGGAAUGAUUCAGGAACAUUCAACUGUACAGCAUAUAAUGGUUUUGGUAAAGCAGAGAGCCAAACAGUUUACGUAAAGGUUACUUAUCCAGCCAAGAUUCUUCCCAGUAAAUUUAAAGCUGAGUAUAUCGUUGGUUUAAAUGAGAGUGUAACUCUUAAUUGUACAGCAGAAGGGAAACCUCGGCCUACAUAUGCUUGGACUCCAUGUGGCUCAGGACAAGUUUGUGACAAGAGUACACUUGAUCUUUUAAAUGUCUGUAAUGAUGUCAACUAUACCUGUGAAGUGGCCAAUAGACAUGGAAAUGAUUCAAAAACUGCCAAUGUUUACAUUGGAGGAGAAGUGAUUAACACAACAGUUAUCCUCAAAAGUGAAUCUUGUAAAGAUGGACUAAAUAAAUCGUCAGUAGAAGAGGCAUUUAAAAAAGAGCUUAAAAAUGUUUUUGCUGAUAAAUAUGGUUAUGAAGGAGUGCAGUCAAUAAGUGUGGGGUGUGAAAUUAAAACUGUUGACCUUGCACUGAAAUUCAAUUCCACUACAAAGGAAAAAAAUGUGAUCACAACACUUAUAAAUGCUACAGUUAUGCAAGGUAACAAACUGGGAGAGUUUAGUGUGUCUGGUAUAAAACGGAAAACAUGUCCACCAAAUGUACCAGUAACAUCUCCACCACCAACUGACAGCUCCUCUGAAGAAACAGUACAUGAUGUUGAAGAGAGAGGAAGACAAUUCUUCACACAUUCUAUUAGAGUCAACAUAAAACCUAGUUUCCUAAAAUCGUAUGCAUGGAAAGUUUAAAAUGUGCUUCAGAUAUGUUACUAGUGGUACAUAUACGGAUUUAUCUUUCUCAAUCACUUACGAAAUGGUCAAAGGCAGUAAAUAAUCAUGAAUUGUAAACUGAUGAUGUGUCCUGAAAACUGCCCGAAACGUGCUUCGCAAUCUGUAAGCGACAGUUAUUUACGCAAACCAUAU